ACCUUUCAGUGGGAAUCCUCGGUUCAAAAAGCUGCCAACGUCCCCUCGUCAGAGAGUGUGGGUCUGUUUCUGUUUUUACUGUGACUCGAGACGACAAAAACCGUACCGAAAUAUGCUCUCCAUAAACGGGACACGGGUUUAUUUUCGUUGACUUCUAGGACGUUUAUGAUUUUAACUGCGCUGAAGUUCGAGACAAACUAAAAAAAGAAGACACAAAACAGCAACAAGUCGUGCAGGUGGUAGCCUAGACCACACGUUGACCGGGGAACCAGAUCACAUCCAGACCUUCUCGUCUCACCUGAGCCCAACAAGAAAGAUUCAAAUGUCCGUAGAGAGUUAUUCGGCGCUGGAUGAGUCCUCUCUCCGAGCCUUGCUGGAUGGAACCGUGGAUCUGGACGAGAGGCGCCUCAUCCGUUCAGCCAUCCGGGAGUUAAGGAGAAGGGAGAUCGAGGACAUGGAGGCCGCUCUGGCCAGCAAGAGAUUUCGACCCACACGCCUCAAACAGCAGGAGGACAAGGAGAACCAGCACAGGUCAGAAUCCAGCGCCAACUUGGACAUCCUGUCACGAAAACUGCAAUCAAUCCAGGACAUUGAUGAGCUCACAAAAAUGCUCCGUGCUGCCAGCGAGUAUGAGGAGAGGAAGAUGAUCAGAGCAGCAAUCCGACAAGUCCGAGAUGAACAGCAGCAAGGGACUGUGGAGCGGGGUAAAGCUCAGGGUCGCUGCCUGGAGCCUGAGAGUGUGGAGCCCCAGAGUAGCAUGGGAACUGGGUUGACCGAGCGGGAGAGUCACAGUGAGCGAGAGCGUAUCAGAUCUCCGAUCCGGGAGUUACACGGCCAGCAGACACAACAAAGCAGAGAGCUGCAGAGAAGAGGCUCCAACUCAGACAUGGUGUUGGUUCUGGAUCACCUGGUGAAGGACGAUGGCCCUGGACCUCUGCUGAUCCAGCCUCAGAGAGAGGCUGCUACAACAGAGCCUGACCUGGUCCUGUCUCAUCGUCAAAGGUCCGACUCCUCAGCUUCAGACCACAGUGUGACCUCUGUGCUUUCAACGCCCAAUCUGGAUUCUGUGGCCUCGGAGAAGAGUCUGGGCUCAGCCUACAGAGCCCGGCUGGACUCUGGAGUCUCAGACAGAAGCCAGAGUCCCUUACAGCGUGGUCGGCUAGACUCUGGGGCAUCAGAGCGAAGCGUCAGCUCCCUGUCUUACGUCAGACAAAGACUGGGCUCAGAUGUCUCAGACUCUGUCAGACCGCGUUUGGGCUCUGGGGCUUCAGACAGCAUUGGUCUUUUGUCACGGAAACGGACUGACUCGGGCACAUCUGACCAGAGUGUCAGUGUGUCCUCUGAGGACAGAAGUCCAGCAGAGAAGGUGGAGCUCGCCAUGAGUGGUUCAACUUCCAGCACAGAUUCAGAAACCGAGAGCGGAAGACAAGGUCCAGCCAGCCUCCAUGCUCGGGCCAAUCAGGACUGCAUCAUUGACCAGGAGCAGCCUGAUGGGGCUGCUUUUUCCAGGAGAGAUCCUGCAAAUGGCCUGCUCAACGGUAGCGCCAAGGGAAAAAUCGACAUCCAAAAACAAAAGAUGACAAUUAACAGCGGUCUGCCUCUUUCUCGUGGCAAAGAAAAGGAUUCGGCACCUGAGAAGAAAGAUGUUAUAUUGGAACAAUUCAACCGCACCAACUCUGUCCGUGAUCGAAUGCGCAAGUUCACGGAGCCCAGCCAGAGCCCAAACGUCCCAGCUUUGAAGAAAGCUCCUCUGAGGAACGGGACCACCACCGGCAGUAGCGGCAUGACAAAUCUCUCCAGAGCCACUGAGCUGUUUACACACACAACAGCAUCCCUCAGCACAUCUGGAGACAGGCCAGCAGGGCCAUGUGUGGACUCCACUUCCCGCACCCCUGCCGCAUCCCAUAGUCAGGCCAUACCUCAGCCAAGAGGUGUGGCUAACAAACCUCUGUCUUCAGCUAGCCAAUGGCAGAACUCCAUGGGUGGGACGAGGCAUCCAGCUGAAAAAGAUGUGCAUGCCUCCAGUAACUCAAAGGAAGACAGGAGCUCAGGGAGAGCAGCUGGACAGCAGGUCACCCAGGAAGAGGCAGACCCGGACAUGAAGACUUUCCUCACCAUCGAGAUCAAGGAUGGACGCACCACCACCACCUCCUCUACGUCCUCCCCUCGGGGCAACAUCAUACCCAUCACCAACAUGACCCCACGCAUUACCUCUAAUGCACUGGGACAGAGAGCAGAGUUGACCCUUGGCCUCAGAGCUACACCGUUCAAGAUCUCCUCAUCCAGCCUCUCCUCCGGAUCCUUCAUCAAGAUAGAGACAGAGCCCGUCGUGGCGUCUGAGCCGGUGUUUUCAGCUGGACCAUCUGCCCAGGUGGCGUGUCACGUCCCGGCCAUCCCCAACGGCUCCAGCACUCAGGCCAAACCUGACGAGCGCUCUGGAAAACUGACUGAAGAACAGCUGGCUGCUAUCGAGGACGAAGAGCUCCUUGACAAAAUGCUCGAUGAGUCAAAAGACUUUGAAGAGAGGAAGAUGAUCCGUGCAGCCAUGAGAGACCUUCGCAAGAGAAAGAGAGAGGCCAUGCUGGGAUGUACUCAAGAGGAGAUAGGUAGGGCAGACCAGAGAGAAAAGGAGCGCGAGACCCGUCUGCAGGAGCUCCGGCAGCAGAGAGAAGAGCGAACACAGAAAGGCCUCGCUGGUGUCGGAGCAGGAGAGGUGGUGAUGAGGAAGGUGGAGAAAUCAGCAGAUGGCUCCAAACUCAGUCAAGUCACCAAGACAGACCGCUUCGCUUCAUCUGAUGAUGGGAGCCGAUCAACACGCAGCACUGUCGUCGAGGCCAGUUAUGUGCAGAAAACAGACAGAGGGACAGUCCAGUCAAAAUCAUUCAGCUACAGCUCUUCCACAUCCUCCUCCAACACAAGCAAAAAAGUGGGCAGUGUAUUUGAUCGCGAGGAUGACACAUCAUCUCGCAGCGGCAGUGGCGGGUUAGCCGCAGUGGAGCGAAGGCAGGCAGAGAGGCGCAAGGAGCUGAUGAGGGCUCAGACUCUGCCGAAGACCUCGGCCAUGCAGGCCCGCAAAGCCAUGAUAGAGAAGCUGGAGAAGGAAGGAGGAGGCCCUGGAAAUCAGGCAGUCGCCAAGGUAAACAAGGUCCAGCGUUCCACCAGCUUUGGUGUACCCAACGCAAACUCCAUCAAGCAGAUGCUACUCGACUGGUGCCGUGCCAAGACCCGCUCGUAUGAGCAUGUGGAUAUUCAGAAUUUUUCAUCCAGCUGGAGUAACGGCAUGGCAUUUUGUGCCCUGGUGCACAAUUUUUUCCCUGAAUCCUUUGACUACGACUCCCUGAGCCCCAGCAACCGCAGGCAAAACUUUGAGGUGGCCUUCAGCACUGCAGAGAAACUAGUGGACUGUCCCCAGCUGUUGGAUGUGGACGACAUGGUGAAGAUGCGCGAGCCGGAUUGGAAGUGUGUGUAUACGUACCUGCAGGAGUUCUACAGAGGUCUGGUGACGAAGGGCCUGGUUAAAACCAAAAACUCCUCCUAGAGUCGCACCCCACCUAAAACUGAACCCAUGGAGCUACGCCAACUGCAUGCCUUUGCUGGAAGUGGAGGACAUGAUGAUCAUGGGUAAUAAACCUGACUCCAAAUGCGUCUUCACCUACGUACAGUCUCUGGUCAACCACCUGCGCAGAUACGAGAUGUCCAUGGGUCGGCCCUGUGACCUCUGACCUGUGCUCAGUGAGGGUUCAGCCUUGACGUGGCAUCACCCCUAACCCCCUGUGUGUGUGUGUGUGUGUGUGUGUGAGAGAGAGUGAGAGUUUGUUUGUCAGUUUGCUUAUUUUCUUUCUUGGCAGCGGUGAUGUCUAUUAAUUUUUUCACGUAAAGUCCACCUUUCUCCAGCAAGAGAGCGCCAACGUUUUUUAUAAGACUACCUUUUAAGCUUUAAAAUUUUACUUUUUUUGUACUCAGCUUUGUACUAGGUAAUAUUUAACAUGCAGUAACUGUGGCUCUACGCCAGUGUACUGAAAAACACAUCAAGAGAGAAAAGAGAAAUAUUUUUAUAGUAUUUCCCCUUAAGUUAUUUAUACCUACAUUUUUCUCUGCUACACUUCAAUUUGCUAGCAUUUCUGUUGGUAAUUCCACAGAAGAAGAAAAAUACACCUAACCAUAUGAUGCAUUCAUUUCGGUACUUUUUUAACUUUUACCAAACUCUUGUAGUAUUUCAAUUAAGUUAUUAGAACAGGUAUGUUCUUUCUUCAUUGUUACAAGUAAUCUCACUUUUCUGAAUUCUACAUUGCUACUGAGAACAUGUUUCAGAUUAUUUGAACAUUGUACCCCUCCUGUAUCACUGUAUCAUCAUAAUAUAACAGCAGAAAUGCGUUGCAGUCAAACAAGCUUUUUAUUCAGGUAGAAAGAAAACAGCAAUGGGCGGUAGCCUACAGUUGAAUUGUAUCAUUAUUUGAUGUUUCUUACUGCUUGACUGACAGCAUAUGUACAAACAAAAGUGUGUACAACAGUGCUGCCAUCAUCCCCAGCAUCACUGACUUGCCCUGCCAAACACACUCGCACACAGCUCUUUUAGAGGGCUUCUUAUUUAUGCUUGAGUAGAUCUUUUUGAAAUAUAUUAUUUGUCAGUGUGUACAUUAUGCUUUUAAAAGCUCAAGCUAUCACGAUGUUUUGUGAAACUAAUUGGGGUCACUUUUUGAACAAGUUCAUGGGCCUGAUAAAAGGCCGGCUUUCUGUUUAAACGUGAGUAAUCAUGACUGAACAUAACUGCCAAUUGUACAUUUUACAACAUGAAGCUAAGGACAUUUUUUUUAAACGAAGAUUUGUAUUCCGCUUGUAAAAUUAAGAUUCCUUUGAGAAGAUGUUGAAAAUCUGAUCGUUUCAGAGCUGAUUUUGAUGAAAGUUAUUUCUCAAAGCUCUGUUUUAGUAGAUUUAGAGAAAGUAUUUGACAAUUAUUAUUAUCACCGCUGUCCACUGACAUACCUGCCACGGAGCAGUGAGUUCUGUAUAUAAGAGCUUAAACACGUUAUAAUUUCAUGUUUCUGUGCACAACAGUUAAAUGUGAAUUCAAAUUAAACCAAUUUGAGAAAUGA